UCGUCGCCUCGAUGGUUAGAUUGACCAGCCAAAAAAAAAAACAGGGCGAUGGUCGAAUCGGAGAGAACGAAGCACACGUGUCUCAGACUCGUACUCUCCGGCACAACCGAUCCGAUAUUCAUCAAAGGAACUUGGCAUCCCUCUCGUUUCGAUAUCUCCAUCACCGAUGGCUCCUCCUCUUGGCUUUGCAACGCGACGGAGGAGGAAUUGGCGGAGCGGGCGGCGCAGUGGGACCAGCCGGUAUCGGAGUAUCUCCACCUCGCCGAGCAGUACUUAGGGUUUCAGCAGCCUAAUUCGAUCUACAGCUUCUCCGAUGCUCCUGAAGGAUCUAAACGGCUGUCUUGGACGUUUGAGAAGGAAGGGACUAAACUCGAGUGGAGGUGGAAGUGUAAAUUAUCACAUGACAGCAAGAAGAUCACUGUCGGGAUCUUGGAUUUUCUUAUGGAGGCUAACAUAAGGCUAAGCGAAGAAGUUGUGAAUAAGACAAGAUCUUUUGAUAAGAUGAAAAGUGAAGCUGAGAAAUGCCUCACGCAAGGUGAAAGACUCUGCAAUGAAAAUGAGUUUGAGGAUGCAACUUAUUCAAAGUUCAUUUCUGUGUUAAAUGCAAAGAAGGAAAAACUCAGAGCACUAAGAGACAAAGAAGAUUCAGGGAAAGAAGUUGCAGAGGAAGAGGAAGAGUCCACGGACAAAGGUGAAAGCUCUGAGAGUGGAAGAAGUGAUAACGAGCAGAGUGAAGCAUCAAAGAAGGCAGCAACAACAAGCAGCAGAGGCCGUGGAAGGAAGAGAGCUUCACGCAGUUGAGAGAUUCCCCCUUCCUUGAGGUUUUAGGUAAAGAAGCACCUAGUUUCACUGUCAUAAACACUUUGUGAGCACUUGACGGUUGAUACGGAAGAUAUUUCUCCAUAAAACGACGAAACCUAGUACUGGGGGAAUCAUUGUUGCCAUAUCUCGCUAUGACCUCUUCUAUAACCGGUUUCAUAAUUUUGUCGCAAGCACCAUGUACCAAUGUGUUGCCAUAUGUUUGGCCAUUGGGCGCUUCUCAAACAUACUUUCUUUUGGGAAAACAUGUAUUCAGUCCUAUGUAAAGAUAUCUCCUUACUUAGUCUACCGGUAAAUUUAUUGUGGCUUAUCACUA